AUGACCAGACCAAAGAGCAUUGUCACAACGGGCCUGUCUGUCCCCUUUCGCCAAGCGCGUGCCCAUCUCCGAGGAGGUUGCCCGUUUCGUUAUCCCGCCACUCCGGGUUUGACAGGCCCAGCCAAGCCCCGGGCCAAGAAGGUUCCAAGAGAACCAAGAGGACCCAAGACAGUGGUGGAAAUUGAGAGGGCGGUUGGCGGCGACAAGUGA